AUGACCUCGACUGAAGGCAGCACUCAGACUUACAAGAUGCCCACCUUGGACAACGACAUCAACCAACACUUCCAGGAUGCAAUUGAUGUGAUUCAACAGCAUUCAAGUAAUUCCUAUUACGAUUCAGAUUGCCCAUAUUAUGAGACUCUGGGUACCCAGCAGCCAUCGCUGCAGUGUCAGAUCUCCUGCUGCCUCGUCACACACCCGUCUGAUGUAACACCUACUGCAUAUGACUGGAAUGACGUUGCUCAGUCUUGGCCUCAGGUCAUCCCUGAUGUCUCCUUGGGUCACUCUGUACAAAAUGAAUCACCUCACUUCUACUCAAUCUUACCACCACAGAGGAACAGCAAAGGUCGUAAGAAGCUCAGACUUUAUGAAUACCUUCAUGAGGCUCUGAAUGACCCCAACAUGGGCGACUCAAUCCAGUGGACAGACAGUGGCAGCGGCACCUUCCACUUUAUCUCCAAGAACAAGGAGAAGCUGGCAGAGUGCUGGGGCCAACGCAAGGGCAACCGCAAGACCAUGACCUAUCAGAAGAUGGCAAGAGCUCUGAGGAACUACAGCCGCACCGGUGAGAUCAUGAAAGUGAGACGCAAACUUACUUACCAGUUCAACCCAGACAUCCUGCACAGGCUUGGGUCUUCCCAGGUGCCAGUGCACCUGCCCUGCCACCCUGCACCAGAGGAGGUCCACACCCGGCAGCAGAACCCAGCUGAACAGAGCUACUGCGGCUCUGCAGCGGCAGACUGGCACGGCUGGUACGGACACUACCAGCUGCAGGAAGACUAUGACCUGGCCUCCAGCUUCACUUCACACAGCAUAACCAAACUCUGAGUUUGAUCACAGAAAGGAAAAAAUCUCUUAAAAGUUUGAAAAGGCUUUCAAAGACUGUUUUUUUUCUGCUCUGACACUUUCUGGGUCCAAAAAACAGUGACACUCUUCAGUUUAAACACUCCUAUUUAAGCAUUUUGUGUUCCAUAUAGAGAUACUACAAUAAAUGAAUCUGUAAAUACUAAAAAUAUGAGGGAGGAAAUUCUGUAAAUGAGAAAAACGCAGCCAAUGCCAGCACAUCUUUAAAGAUAGUGUAAUGGGUGGACAUUUCCAGUCAGCAUGCUUGCAUUUAAUAAAAAACUAAUUAAAAAUUAAAAUCUAUUUAAGAUCUGAGAGCAAAUUAACAGGUUCUUAACAGUUCUUUCUUAUUUCUGCUGCCAAACCUUCUGGGUCUAUAUUUAGUCAAUAUAGACCAAGUGAAUGUUGUUACAUGUCUUGUAAUAAUUUAUUAUGUUUACAUAAAAAUUUUUCUUUGUGGAUUUCUACACUUCAAACGUGUUAUAUAUUAUACUUAAAGGAUAAUGUGUAAAUAAUUAUAAAUACUUUGAAACUACAAAAUCUGAGUAAGAAAAUUAUCAAAAUUGAUCACAUUUUAACUAACAAAAUCUAGUUUUAUUUGACAUGCAGCUGAUGCUAGCACUGAUGCUAGGCCUACUUAAAUAUGAUUGAAGACUUGAAGAUUUAAGAAUCUAAAGAGUUAAAUGUUAUCUUUAAAAAGUAAUUGAUUUAAAAAGGUUCAAUCAGUAAAACACAUUUUUGUACUUAGCCCUACAUAUAUUUUCUAAUGUAGAGGAUACCAACUUCAUUAUGUAAAAUAUACCCCAAAAUGUUAAAAAUAUAGGAUGUACAAACACUAUAGACACACUGAUUUUACUCUAGUGUAUAACACAGUGGUAAAAGUAAUAAAGAUUUUAUUUAAAAGUUGUUUAUGGCUCCUGUUUUUACAACAAGCAACCAGUAAUAAGCAUUCUGUGUAAUCACACGUAAAUCUUGACAAUUUUCUUGAUAAAUGUAUUAAAGAAAAAUGAUGUUUGUACAAUUAUUAUAUUUAUGUAUGUAAAGUAAAUGUUUUUUUAUUCAACAAUUUUUUUUUAUUUUAGAAUUUG